AUGGCACCCAAGCUUCAUCUCAUCCGACAUGCCCAGGGCUACCAUAAUCUCGACCCUUCAUGCUGGAACCUCAUCGACCCUUUGCUCACUGAGGAGGGGAAGAAACAGUGUUCGGAAUUGAGCCAUAAUUUUCCUACCAAAGCAACAGUUGAUUUGAUUGUUGCUUCACCCAUGCGUCGUGCUUUAUACACCGGUCUAGAGGCAUUUGGUUCUAUUUUAGAAAACAACCCGGCGAGUGAUAUUAUUGCUCUUCCGAUCCUGCAGGAAGUGAGCGAUCUUCCCUGCGACACAGGAAGUGAAUUGCAAGAUCUGCAGAUCGAAGUCGAACAAAAGAACCUCCCAGUGGAUUUGCGCUUCGUGGAAGAGAAUUGGUCUCAUAAAUCCGGAAAAUACGAACCAACAUCCGAAAAGAUCCAGGAACGUGCCCGUGAAGCGAGGUGCUGGUUGAAAGAACGACCAGAGAAGGAAAUUGUUGUGAUCAGUCACGGUGGCUUCCUACACUUUCUAACGGACGAUUGGGAGGACGGAAAUAAAUUUGAAGGAACGGGAUGGGCUAAUACCGAGCUCCGAACCUAUGAGUUUGUGACACAGGAAGAUGAUCUGGGAAAUGAUGAUGAUGAUGCAUCAAUACAAGAAACUGCUGAAUCACGUCAACUGCGGGAUUAUGAGAUGGGAGAAUCAGAAGCCAUAGACACCCUCCUUUGA